CCGAACAACAUGAUAUGCGUAUGGUUAUUUCCGGGGGUCAAUUGAAGAAGAACAAAGCAAUUAUUAAGAAGAUGGAUGCUCCAGUUAGCAACGAGAAUGAAUCUGUUGCUGCAAGGAUCAUGAAAGUACGUUGCAGACCUCAUUCGUUGGAGUUACUCAUAAAGGACCUUACUCCAAAGCAGAUUGAUGCUGUAAAAGAGGUUGGAUUUGGUGGGAUUUUAGGUUUGAAGUUAACUGAGACAUGUAAGAUAAUGAUGCCAUGGUUAGUUGAAAGGUUUAAUGGUGCUAGUUUAAUGUUUAACAUUGGUGUUAAUAAAGAGUUUGUUGUUACUCGAUAUGAUGUGUAUGAUGUGUUUUGUUUGCCAAUGAAUGUGGGAAAUGAUGUGCCUGAGAUAGCUAUUGUUCGUGUGGGUGAAAACAUUGAUUCUCAAUUGAAAGAUGUAUGGAAGCAACAAUUUAAUGUUCAUGGUUAUGAUCACUAGUGGAAAAAAGCAGUAGGGCUGCGCUGAUAAUGGCAUGUAAGGCUGCGCUUUUUUAGGGCAGCCCUUUCCAUCGCAGCCCUUCACUAUUCAAGUAGGGCUGCGCUAGUAAAGCGCAGCCCUUCACAACGAAGGGCUGCGCUUUUUUGGUAAAAGCGCAGCCCUUCAAGCUUAGAAGGGCUGCGCUUUUAGGUAAAAGCGCAGCCCUUCUAAGCAUGAAGGGCUGCGCUUUUACCUAAAAAGCGCAGCCCUUCUGACCCAAAAAAAAAUAAAAAUAAAAUUUUUUUUUUUUUUGCAUUUUUUUACUACUAUGAUAUAUCUA